CACGACAUUCAUUUCUAAUAGCUACAUGCAUCCCAAUGCAAAACCUAAAUACAUUCACCAGAAGACACAAUAUACGGUGACAAAAGUCGAGUGCGAAGAUAAUGAUGUGUAAAACAAAUUGAGCGACAAGUCCUGGUUCCAAGAAACGCACCUUCACAGUAUCGUACUCGACUCGACUAAAGCACACAGGGCGGCGGGUAGCAAAGGGAAGACGUAGACAAUGACAGUACUGGAAAAAAAAGGAAAUACGACAGCACCCAGAGAACAGCGAAGAGAUGAUUGACGGAUUCAAACGAAAGUAGUAACAAACAUCCUAUGACAGCCAAGAGCCCCCCGGUGGGUGAACCGUGCCCGCGUACAAAAAAAAUCGCGACUUGGCCAGCCCCGAGUCAGAAUCAAUGCGGCGUUUGGGCGUAAAAGAAAAAAAGAGAUGAUGAUAGCGUCGUGAAGGGAGCGACCCAGAGACGGAGACCAGCUGGUAGUGUCUAUGCUGUGCCAGCUCUGACGCACCCUCGUAAUUCGUCCAGAUGGUGGGGGCAGCAUUGUAUGAAUCCACGUCGACAAGAACCGCAAGGCUCUGCGACAGAGAAAAUCAAAGCUCCUCCUUUCAAAAUAACGGAUUGGGAGUGCCAAUCUCGUCUUCCAAUUACCUCACAACCCCCUUCGCGCCAUAGGCCGUCAAGCUUUGAUGAAAAACGCGACACACAAUAUACUCGUAUAAACUCCCCAUGGUGGUGAUCAGAGCCGCAGUGGCUGGAAUUAAGCAGCAUUCAUCAUGCU